GCAUCAUCGACAUCACGUAAACGUCGACCUGUUCCUCACAUCUAAGACAAACUUGAGCGAGUUAACAUGAACGAUGAACACUGACGAGUCAGGUGAUCCAUUUAUUUAUUCAUUAUGACGCGUUAUUAAUUGAGGACACCUUUCACGCUCGCUCUCUUGGAGGCGGUGACGUCACUUCCUCCAGCAUCCUGCCGCAGACUCUGCGACCUCGCCUCUCUCUCUCUCUCUCUCUCGCCUCUGUCUCUCUGCGUCGUCCCCGAGCAUCCCAGAACCGGGACCAGGACGUCGAGCCGAGCCGCUAUGCCAGAAACGACCAAAAGUCACGUGAUCCUGCUGUCGUGCGGCAGCUUCAAUCCCAUCACCAAGGGACACGUCCAUAUGUUCGAAAAGGCAAAGGAGUACCUGCACAAAACGGGACGCUUCAUCGUGAUCGGAGGGAUCAUUUCGCCGGUCCACGACUCUUAUGGGAAACCUGGUCUGGUGUCCAGCAGGCACCGUCUGACCAUGUGUCAACUGGCCGUGCGCUCGUCCGACUGGAUCAGGGUGGACCCCUGGGAAUGUUACCAGGACACCUGGCAGACCACCUGCAGCGUCCUGGAGCACCACCGAGACCUCAUGAAGAGGGUGACGGGCUGCAUUUUGUCAAACGUCAACACGCCCUCGUCGACCCCCGUCAUCGGUCAGCCGCAGACCCGGGCCCCGCCCGUUUACCAGAAUCACAACAACCUCAAUCACAAGGCCGCUUCGGUCAAACUUUGGGGGAAGCUGAGCGAGAGUUUGGGCAAAGUUUGCUGCGUGCGUCCUCACAUGGACCGCUUCACCUUCAUCGAUGAAAACGCCAACUUGGGGCCCACCAUGACGUACGAGGAGAUCGAGUUACGCAUCUUGCUCCUGUGUGGAAGUGACCUCCUGGAAUCUUUCUGCAUCCCUGGCCUGUGGAAGGACAGCGAUAUGGAAGUGAUUGUGGGCGACUUCGGUAUGGUGGUGGUCCCUCGUGACGGCGCCGACACCGAGCGCAUCAUGAAGCAGUCGGCGGUGCUCCGGAACCACAAGGACAACAUCGUGGUGGUCAAGGACGACGGCAAACAUCCGAUGGCGCACGUCAGCUCCACCAAGAGCAGGCUGGCGCUGCAGCACGGCGACGGCCACGUGGUGGACUACCUGUGCCAGCCCGUCAUCGACUACAUCCUCAACACGCGGCUGUACAUCAGCGCCUCGGGAUAGACGCUAGCUGACGUGGCUUCCCGCUCCCGCUCCCGACAUCAGCACGCACCGUGUCCGAAACGUCGCUUCGCCCCCUCCCGUUUUCUUGGAUUCCUCCUGCAAGUGUGACGUAUUUGUUGGCGCCCGUUCCCACUUUCUCACCGUCAACAAACGUUCGACGGUCUUUGGGUUUUCCCCAAAUUGGAGGCUUCGAGCUGUUUGGUUUUCACUGCAGCUGAAGUCGACACACAGGACAACGUUUUGGACGCGUCUUCUGUAAAUGUUCAACCGAGCCGUCUCGUUGAGUCGAACCGAAGGCCACCAGCCAAGUGUCAAAAUCAAAAUUCACACAAGUGCAGUUUGACAUCAGUUGUGCGCGCCAGCUGUUGAGUCUCGCGUAAUUGUAACAAAAAUGAGCGCGAUUUGGGAUUCCCUCUCCGGCUCUUGAUCAAAAUGGAGCCCCCCCAGGACAAUGAAAGCAUUUGACGACUCGUAAACAUUUGGAUAUUAAUAGGAAAGCGGAGAGGCAGUUUUCCACCAAAUGUCCCUUUUGACCGCGCGGCGGACGACCCGUGAGCACAGUCGCGAGGACCCGGGUUCGAACCCGUGGCGGAGUUUGCAUGUUCUCACCGUGCCUGGGUGGCUUUUCUCCCGGUCCUCAGCUUUCCUCCCACGUCCCAAAAACCUGCACGGACCGCAGGCGUCAACGGGAGUGAGAACGGCUCUGACCAGACGGACGGCGGCGUACCCGCGAGAACCGCUACGGAAAAAUCAACGAAUGUCCCCUCAAAUGCUCCACAUCAACUUUGUGGGACCCGGAAAUGUUUGGACCAAGUACAGAAGACUUUUCAAAGUAAAAGUGAGAGUGUGCGGCAUGUUGACACUUUUUGCUUGUGUUUGUGGCAUGAAAUCAACCCCACUUGUAUACAACAAG